CGGCUCUUCGGCCCGGAGUCUCCCGGAUCUUUCCAGACUUCUUCGCGAGGCUGCCUGACGCGGUGAAUCCAUUUCUUCCAUAGCCGGGCGCUUGGCAGGCUCUCUCCCCCUUCCCCUGCCUUCCCCGCGUCCCUCUCUCGUCUCCCACGGCCCAUCUGCCCCUCCUUCCCUCCAGCCCCCUCUCCUCCCGGCUCGCCUUUAUUUCCACCCCGCACCCGCGGGGCUCUGCCCUCCCUCGCGCUCCCCCGCGCUCGUCUGUAUUUGGAGCUCCCGGAAGCCGCCGGCGACUCUCCCCGGGAGCGGCGUGACUGACACCGGCUCCGACUCCGGGGGGGAGGAGGGCGCGAGUGGCCGGGCUCGGAUUUGCGGCGCCGGGGACGGGACCCCGGGACACCCGGCAGAAUGGCAGAGAUGCAGGCACUGAUGGAGAGGCUGGAGCGGGUGGUCGGCCGACUGGAGCUGCUGUCUGCGGGGUCCCACCGGCCUCCUGGGGACUGCGGGGAGAUUAAUGGUGUCAUUGGAGGUGUGGCACCCUCGGUGGAAGCCUUUGAUAAGCUGAUGAACAACAUGGUGGCGGAGUUUUUAAAGAAGAGUAGGAUCCUUGCUGGUGAUGUGGAGACUCAGGCGGAGAUGGUACACAGUGCUUUCCAGGCCCAGCGGGCGUUCCUUCUGAUGGCCUCACAGUUCCAACAACCCCAAGAGAAGGACGUGGCUGCGCUUCUGAAACCGAUAUCCGAAAAGAUUCAGGAAAUCCAGACUUUCCGAGAGAGAAACCGGGGGAGUAAAAUGUUCAAUCAUCUCUCAGCCGUCAGCGAAAGCAUCCCUGCCCUCGGCUGGAUAGCUGUGUCCCCUAAGCCCGGUCCUUAUGUCAAGGAGAUGAAUGACGCCGCCACCUUUUACACUAACAGGGUCCUAAAGGACUACAAACACAGUGAUUUGCGCCACGUGGACUGGGUGAAGUCGUAUUUGAGCAUUUGGAGCGAGCUGCAAGCGUACAUCAAGGAACACCACACCACCGGCCUUACUUGGAGCAAAACCGGUCCAGUGGCCUCGACAGCAUCCGCAUUGUCAGUCCUCUCCCCUGGGCCUGGCCUUCCUCCACCCCCUCCUCCUCCACCUCCCCCCGGGCCACCGCCACUCUUUGAGAAUGAAGGCAAAAGAGAGGAGCCCUCCCCUUCACGCUCUGCUCUAUUCGCCCAGCUUAACCAAGGAGAAGGAAUUACAAAAGGGCUCCGGCACGUCACAGAUGACCAGAAGACGUACAAGAAUCCCAGUCUACGGGCUCAAGGAGGACAAACUCCAUCUCCUACCAAAAGCCACGCUCCAGGCCCCAGGACCCCCCACUCCCAUUCUUCUCAGAAGCAUGCUCCUGUGUUCGAGUUGGAAGGAAAGAAAUGGAGAGUAGAGUACCAAGAGGACAGGAAUGACCUGGUGAUUUCAGAGACGGAACUGAAACAAGUGGCUUACAUUUUCAAAUGCAACAAGUCCACUCUGCGGAUAAAAGGAAAAAUCAACUCCAUUACAAUCGACAACUGUAAGAAGUUCGGCCUCGUGUUUGACAACGUGGUAGGCAUCGUGGAGGUGAUUAAUUCCAAGGAUAUUCAAAUGCAGGUAAUGGGGAAAGUGCCAACCAUCUCCAUCAAUAAGACGGAAGGCUGCCACAUAUACCUCAGUGAGCAUGCGCUGGGCUGUGAGAUCGUGAGUGCCAAGUCUUCUGAAAUGAAUGUCCUUAUUCCUCAGGAUGGGGAUUACAGAGAAUUUCCUGUUCCAGAACAGUUCAAGACAGCCUGGAAUGGAUCCAAGUUGGUCACUGAACCUGCAGAAAUUAUGGGCUAACCUCCAGAGAGACCGAACCCCCUGACCUGCAUCAACUUAAAAAAAAAAAAAAAAAAAAAAAAAGGCAGCAUUAAACACCUAGAAGUGG